GAAGGUUUAAACUUUUUUUUUUUGGUUAGCGCACUAAAAUAGAUUUUUAAAAUAUGUUCUGUUCGGCCGAAAAGAAAAAUUAAUCGAAACUGAUUCGUUUUCCAUAGGUAGUUAACAUAAAUCACAAUUAUAGUAACCCGAGAAAUACAGACAUACUAGUGCCUCGAAAAGCACGUUCUUAAAUUUAUUAAAUCUGAUAUAUCUAAUAUAUCCUUUAUAAUUGAAAUAUUAUCGUAUUAUAUUAAUCAAAUAUCCUUUAUUAUAACAAUGCCAUUUUCCCUCCUCCAGGGCCAAGUUUAUAUUAUUUGUUUUAUUAUAUUCUUAUGCAGUUAAUGGCAAUGAAAAUUAGUUUUGAAAGUAAUGCUGAUAAUUCAAACGGGAUAUUUUUAAUCUUUUAAUUUUUUUUUAUUUAAUUUUAAUUUUCAAUCAAUUUCUACCUGGGUAUUUUACAAUUCGCCCACUAUAAAAUGUUAUUAUACAAAGUUUUACCGCAUGCGCCAGGGUCUCAUUCUGUGAUCAAACACGUUACUUUUCGACGGUCUCCCGUAUAGAACAAUCCACCGCCGUCUAUUGAUUCUGGUGGCGCCGCGACGCCAUGAAGGAUGAAAUCAAUAUGCCCGUUGGCUGAUUGUGUCGCGCGCGUCUUUUCCGAUGAAAUACGCAACAAUAUCAAUCUGUGAAUUAUAUAUCUUGGUGCACAUCUAAUUAGUACCAUGAAAGUUCAAGAGUUGCCCGAAUCUGGGGUAGCGAAUGUUGCUGAGCAAGAAGUUGCGGGUGCCCAAGACACCAUUUAUCUGUGUAAUUUCCGAGUGAGCGUCGAUGGUGAAUGGCUUUGCCUCAAAGAGCUACAGGACGUGGAAUUCAACAUGCAGGAGUCUGUCAGCAGUAAAGCAAUGUCCCCACCAUCCCCGGACGUUCCGGUUUCUCUAUUUGGUAGGGAUCCAGCGUCGAUUGAAAGAAGCAACUUAGUUAACAUAAGCAAACUCGUUGUGAAAGAGCUGAUAGAGCAGUCUUUGAGAUAUGGACGAAUGUUGGAUUCAGACCAUAUGCCCCUCCAACACUUUUUUAUCGUCCUAGAGCAUGUAUUGCGUCACGGUCUGAGACCAAAAAAGGGCCUAUUGGGUCCAAAAAAAGAACUAUGGGACAUCCUCCAAAUGGUUGAAAAGUACACUCCUGAAGCCCAAGAUAUUACAGCCAGUGUGCGAGACCUACCUACAGUGAAAACGCACAUGGGUCGAGCUCGCGCAUGGCUUAGAUUGGCCCUCAUGCAGAAAAAAUUGGCAGACUAUUUGAAAAUAUUGAUCGAUCACAAAGAGGAGGCUCUUGUUGAAUAUUUUGAGCCCGACGCUUUAAUGUUGAGUGAUGAGGCCAUUGUGAUUAUAGGUCUUUUGGUGGGUUUGAACGUUAUCGAUUGCAAUCUAUGUGUUAAGGAGGAAGAUUUGGAUUGUCCUCAGGGUGUGAUUGAUUUUUCUUUGUAUCUGAGGUCUUCAAAUCAAGUUUCCACCGAUUCCAGUGGGGACGAACAGGGCGACAACAUGACCACAGUUUUAGAUCAGAAAAAUUAUAUAGAAGAACUGAACCGGCAUCUAAACGCUACAGUGGCCAACCUACAAAACAAAGUUGAGGGUUUAACAACGACCAACGCAUUGAUGAAAGAAGAUCUGGCUAUUGCUAAAAAUAACCUGCUUGCUCUCUAUGAAGAGAAUAGACAGCUGAGGCAGGAGUGCGGCAGAGAUCCAGGAGGAUACUCAAUGAGCCUCAGUGGGGUGCACAUAACAAAUUUAAACGAUAAGGAAACCAAAGUUGCUUCUGGCGAAUUAGAAGAGUUGAAGCACCGGCUAGAAGAGGAAAGGAAACUGAGACAAGAAUCCGACCACGAGCUUGAAAUACAAAUGUGUCUGAAGGCAGAAAUGGAAGUCGCCAUGAAAUUAUUGGAGAAGGAUAUUCACGAAAAACAGGACACAAUUGUGUCCUUGAGGCGACAGCUGGAUGAUAUAAAACUGAUCAAUUUGGAGAUGUACAAAAAGCUUCAGGAGUGUGAAAUGGAACUUACGCAAAAAGGAGAGAUGGUGACGAGGCUACAAGCAAAAGCUGGACAGAUCGGCAAGAUCCUUAAUAAUCUUGAAAAGUAUAAUCAUCUGUUGAAAGACGAUAAGAAAUCAUUCGAUAGGCGAAUCGAUAAGCGCUCUUGCCAGUCUAAGGUCGAAAACAAAGAGAAUAUCCCUAAAAACUUAAUGCCCGAUCAUCUUAAAGAGUGUGCCUCUAAAAAAGAGGGUAAUAAGGAACAGGAUGCUAAUGAUGACGCGAAAAUUUCGUUAUCGUCUGAUUCGACAGAUUCGUUUGUUAAACUCGAUUUGGACACGAAAUCUGAUGAUGAAAAAAGUACUCCUUAAAUUUAUAAUCGCAUAAAUAUGAUUUAUUGUUUUAAUAAAUGGUAGAAUAGGUAUUUCCCAAAACUUAAUGUGAAAAGUUUAAGCAUGGUUAUAUUUUUUUUUGGUUAGAAGACACAAUUUACUUUAAUGAAUUUCGACAAUAGGACAUUGAGAAACAAUCGACUUAUUUCAGGAGAGCGAAGCAUCAUUAAAACAUAAAACAGAGUUAAUUACGAAGGUAGAGGCUAAGGCGCAAACUCUGACAGAUACAAUACAGACGUUAGAAGCUAAGUAGGUACACAAUUUUAUGUUUCUAACAAUUUUUGUUUACUGUACCACACACUGGGCCAAACAAUGAUUUUACUUACUAGUACUAAACAAAAAAAAACUCAACUGGACUUAUUUAUAACCUCUAAGUAAAUCUAGUAAACUAUCAUGUAUUGAAUAAUAAUAAAAGUUUUGGUAUGCAGUGUCUAUAUAUAAAACAGUUUCUAUGAACAUUUGAAAUAAGACUAAUUUAAACACCAAUUUUAUAUGUGUUUUGCCCCAGUGUGUACCAUAUCAAAAAUCACAUUUUUUAACCAUGCUAAGCAAGCUAUGGGAAUCAUUGCAAUGACAACAAGAACUUUCGUCUAUAGUAGGCUGUGAAAAACAAGUAGGCAAAUGGCAAACAUCAGUUAGUUCCAGUGAAAGUUCUUGAGGUUGGUGCUUCUUAAAAAGAUCGAAACGCAUUCCAAAUAGCUUUAAAUGUUGAUCUUAUUCAAUUUUAUGUAACCCAAAAUAAUAUCCGAACUUGGAAAUGUUGGCAAACCUUCACUACAGCAGCUGCAUGAUCUAAGCUAGCAACGUAUAAAACUACACUAAACUUAAUAAAACAACGUUUCUAGUCACCAGUAAAUGUUUGUGGAGUAUAUUCUUGUAAACAUUUAGGGUAUAGUAAGUAGAUGUUAUUUUAUAAAAUAUGUCAUUUUCAUUCCAAAACGAAUGUUUACUUAACAAAUAAAAUCUGUAGCUUUUAAA